GGGCAUGAAGGCUCCUGAGUUCAGAGGCUCAUCGUCAGUCUGUCCCAGUACCCAGGCUGGUCUCAGGUGCCGUUGAAUGUCGCUAUCAGACGUAGCUAACCAGUUUGCUUGUUUUUGCUUUUUGUCCUGCAGUGUCAGACCCGCGGAGUACCACGGAGUACACGUGACUCGUUUUAAUCCAACUCUGGUUAUGAUGUCGGACCUCCGGUAUCCACACUGGAAUCCUGCCUUAUCCCCCCAGGCCGCAAGACAUCGGUGGAGAAGUUGUUCACGUCCCAGGUGUAGCUACGCCCCUGGAAGGUGAAUGCCAACCAACAUUCACACUCAGGAUGGACGGGCAUGGAGAAAAAUGCAUUAGCCAAAUCAACUACUGGACAAAAUGGCAAGGUGAUCAUGCACGACCCCUUCGCCAUGCGGCCGUUCUUCGGUUACAACUUCGGCGACUACCUCGCUCACUGGCUGAGCAUGCAGACCCGGAAGGCCCCCACUCACCUGCCCAAGAUCUUCCACGUAAAUUGGUUCAGGAACCCGGCGAGCGGCGCCUUCCUGUGGCCCGGGUUCGGCGAGAACGCGCGCGCCCUGGAGUGGAUCUUCAAGCGCUGCGGCCGGGAGAGGGAGGAGGAGGCGGCCAAGAGGAGCAUCAUCGGCUGGCUGCCAGAGGAUGGCGCCAUCGACACCAAAGGUCUGGGCAGCGAUGUGGAUAUGGGGGCCCUGUUCGACGUGCCCAGGUCUUUCUGGCAGAAGGAGACGAAGGAGUUGAGAGCCUACUUCUCCCAGCAAGUUGGAGCCGAUCUACCUGCUCAGGUGGAGGCGGAGCUUAAGGCGCUGGAGGAGCGAGUGCACAAGUAGAAGCCGGAAACAGGCCGGUGGUCGCUGAAGACUCAGGAUGCAGAUUGUUAAGGUGCACUCAGAAGUCACUGGUUAGGUUUACACACACACACACACACACACACACACAGCUAGAUCCCUAAUCA